AUGCUUGUUCCUUCCAACCCUAUCAAGACGGCCCCGACUCUGAAUCCGAAAGAGUCGGAUGUGCGCAAUAUGCUUCAUGCGAUCUACCAAGUCAGUGCCGUCGUCCAAGACCGGUUUGGUCCGCGUUGAUUAAUCUUAUCGGAUCCCGGUUGGGCACCUUCGGCGGGAAACGGAAAGUGGUUCCCCCUUAAUGUACUGACUUGACAACCAUAUCUACUACCUAAAUGCGGUUUUUCGGCCUCGAAUCCACCUCGACGCCCGGUCCCACAAUCGCUCCGACCCGCGCAAAGGCCGAGCUCGGACUUCAAGAAGGAGGGGUGCCGAUCGGAGCUGCACUCGUUCGUGAAUCGGAUGGAGUGGUCAUCGGGGUCGGUCGAAACCGGCGUGUGCAACAAGGGAGUGCGAUCAGGCAUGGAGAGGUGCGUCGCUUCUCAUCUCCCAUCUCCAGCUUCGUCGGAUCUCUCGACGUCCUCGAAGUUUGAUCGUUCCCACACCCCUGACAUCAUCGAUUUUUCCACCGUUGUCCCUCUCCGACCAUCAGACGGACUGCCUCGAGAACAUCGGUAGACUAAGCGCCCAAGCCUACCGAGAUGCGACCAUCUACUCCACCCUUUCCCCCUGUCCCAUGUGCAGCGGUGCCAUCAUCCUUUACGGGAUCAAAAAAGUCGUUUUGGGCGAGAACGAGAGCUUCCUCGGUGGGGAAUCGAUCCUCAGAGAUCAUGGGGUCGAAGUCGUCAAUUUGGAUUCGGAGAAGUGUAAGGAGUUGAUGAGGGAAUUCAUCAGGCAGAAGCCUGAGGUUUGGAAUGAGGUGAGUGAGGCAGGUGGGCACUUGGUGGACGGCGGGAAAGAGGAGACGACAAAGGCUCGAAUGUGGGGGUCGUCUUUCUACGUCGGUGAGGGAUAA